AUGACCGACCUCUCGUCGCCGCCGACGCUGACGGCACAUUUUCGCGCGUAUAUCCGCCAACUUAACCAGCCCUUGCCGAGUACCAUGCGCCUCUACCUCGCCCCGCGCAUCAUUUAUAAUGGCCGACGGAUGAGUGCCGAGGCGUUUACCGCACAGGCGUGCCCGCCGGGCGCGACUGUGUCGUCCGAAAUGGUGGUGGCGGACAUUUCUAAGCGCCUCCUCGCGGCACGGAUAGAGGUCGAGGUUCCACAAACCAGCCCCAUACCCACGAACGGCGGGUCAACACCUGAGGGCUCGCAGAGCCAGGAAGUGCGUCGUGGGAGCAGCGGUAGCUUCGAGCACGUCCGCGAACACGUGUUCUACCACUUUGAUGAUUCGUGGCGAAUCGACGAGGUGUGGAGCGUUGCCGAGCCCCGGUCCGAGAGCCCAAAUUCGCGUAGCGACAAGGGUCGCGAGCGGCUGGAGCGCAGGCGAAUGAGCGUCCCCUCGGCCUUUGACGAUUACCGAUUCUAA